AUGGCUGUCAAUGAUACAAAUUACAAGUUUGGUCUCACAAAUGAUGAGUGGGCUAGAGCAGAUGCAAUGUGUAGCUUCUUGAGGCCAUUUGAGAAGAUUACAAGGUUGAUUUCUCGGUUAUCAUAUCCUACAUCAAACUUUUAUUUUAUGCAAAUUUCCAAAAUUGAGAUGUUGCUUGAUGCAAAUAUGAAGAGCCCUGAUCCUGUGAUUCAAGAGAUGGCUAGAAAAAUGAAACAGAAGUUUGACAAGUAUUGGAAUGAGUACAGUGUCAUUCUUGCACUUGCAAUAGUUUUUGAUCCAAGAUGGAAGUUUAAUAUAAUACAAUAUUGCUAUACGAAGAUUGACCCUAUCACUUGCCAUGAGAAGGUUGCUAAUAUUAAGAGCAAGUUAAUAUUCAUGUUUAAUGAAUAUUCAAGCAUGGGGACAUCUACCAAUCUUGAAGUUGAUGGGGCUACAAGUGGAUCAAGUUAUAAAGCUUCAAUAGUCACCACUCAUCAUUCUUCCUUGGCUUCAAGUGUUUCAACAUCAACCUCUUUUGAUGAUGCCUUUGAUGAACCAAUACUAAAGCCUGAUAGUUGGAAAGAAUUGGAUGUCUUAAAUUGGUGGAAGAGUAAUCAACACCGAUAUCCAAUUCUUUCGAGGAUGGCGGCUGAUAUUCUUAGCAUUCCGAUCACUACAGUAGCUAGUGAGUCAGCUUUUAGUAUCGGUUCGCGCGUCCUAACAAAGUAUCGGAGUUUCAUUCUUCCAGCUAAUGUUCAGGCUAUCAUUUGCGUUCGUAAUUGGUUACAUGGUUUUGUGUAUAAUGGUGAAGAAGAAGAAGAAGAAAGUCUUGAUAUUUUUGCCCCUGAUGAGCCAGCUAUAAGUGAAUCACAAUCAAAUUUUGUUGAGCUUGAUGAUAGUAAAGAAGAAGAUAAUGAUGAUGCUACCAAUGUUUGA